AUGAGGGCUGCUAGAUACUACGGCGUGAAAGAUGUGCGUAUUGAGGAGAUCAGUAUUCCAAACCGUCCAGCAGAUCAUGUACUCUUGCGGGUUGCGUGGUGCGGUAUAUGCGGCACCGAUCUGACGAAUUAUCACACUUUUGGGCAGGCUGUCAUGGUUGAUCCCCGCCUCUAUUGCUCAGAAUGUUCCAUGUGCAAACAGGGAGACACGAAUCUUUGCAACAAGAUGGGAUUCGUCGGCUUAAACGGAGGUGGUGGGGGUGGUUUCUCGGAAUUGGUCGCUGUCGACCCUAAGCGAUGCUACCGCAUUGCCGACUCGAGCCUGGACACAGCGUGUCUCAUCGAGCCUCUUGCAGUUGCAAGACAUGCCUUGAGAGUAUCCGGGUUUUCUCAAUUUGCAGACAAGUCUUCACUCAUCCUUGGCGCUGGACCAAUAGGACUUGCAGUCGUUCACAAUCUUAAAGCAGUCGAAACGGAAGUAAAUCUUGUUGAUACCAUUGAGCAGCUCACCAAUGGUAAGGGCGUUGAUGUUGUGUUUGACUGUGCAGGUUUCAUCCCUGCUAUCGCACCGGCAAUGUCAUCUUUGCGCAAGAAAGACAGAUACGUCCUUGUGGCAGAUUCAGGAAAACCGACGAUAUUACCACAAAAGGAGUGGUAUAAUCGAGAAAUAACAGUUGUCGCGUCGGUCACUUACAACGAUGUCGAUUUUCAAGAGGUUGUCAAUGAUUUCGACCAAGGCGAGUUCAAUGGUGUUGAGGGAAUGGUCAGCAGUCGUAUUCAAUUGGACCAGUUCGUUAGUCAAGGGCUGGAAGCGCUGGUCACAUCGAAAGACACUUUGUUGAAAGUUCUUGUAGAACCUAAAUGA